GGCUGGCUGGUGGAAAAGAAACAGAAUUAGCAGACAGCGGCGCAGUCACAGCUAGCAGAACUAGCAGAAAGCAGAGACAGAGCGACAACAGCACAACCAGCUUGUCUUUGGGAGUGGAGUGAGAGUUUAUCCUGUACAUUCUACGUGGGCUUGUGCUAUCGAUCCACUUACAUCUUGGCCGACCUCGUCGGACAGUUCCUAUCCUCGAGGUCUCUAAAGUGUAGCGCGCGGGCGCGAGCACGCCUCUUUGUGAUUAUUUUAACUGUAUACAUGUAUAUACAGUACGUAUAGUUAAAAUACAACGCCACAUCCUCUCUGUGGUACAUGUGUUUCGUGAGUGUCUUUGGAAUGUGGAGAGCUUCACGAAUUCCGUGUAGAAGAAAAUAACGCAACGUUUGGAAAUAAAUAUCCAAAUAUUAUUUACACCAAGCGUGUUUUUAAUUUAUAAAUUACCAUGGUACUGAUAACUAAGAAGGAGACAACUGAAGAGGAACAAGAUCCUUUGCAGUCUCAAUCUCAGCCUCAAGAAGGACAGGAGCAAUUGGAGCAACCUCAACCUCAGUUACGGUUCCUCAAUGCCAGUGUUCUCCAACAAUUACAACAGCAGCAUCAACAAGAAGUACAACAACAGCAACAGCAACAACAGCAGCAGCAACAGCAAGUUCAACAACAUGGACAACCGCAGGUUAUUACUCUUCAACAGCUGCAAAAUUUUGUACCCAUGUCGCAGCAGCAACAUGAUCAACAGAGACCUCAAACUAUUUCAGUACAAACAUUACCCCAGCAAUUUUUACAAGGUGCUCAGUUGAUAAGUAAUCAGGCAGCUCUACAGCAGCAGCAACAACAACAGCAACAUGGUCAGCAAGUUCAAGCACAAGGUCAACAGCAACCUCAGCAACAGCAAUUGAGUUACAGUGUAAUACCACAAAUGCAAACUGUUAAUAUUGAUGGCCAGGAUGCACUUUUUAUUCCGUCUUCACCAAUGACCUCCAUGGCUACUCACCAUCAGUCGUCACCGACAAUGCAAUUCACAACAGCUAGUGGGCAACAGGUCCAACUAGCAUCUUCUCAAGUUCAGUUGGCAAAUGGUCAAACAAUAAUUACUCCCCAGCCUGUCAGCUUAAUCCGAGCACCUAAUGUUUUUCCAACUUCCAUUAUACAAAAUAUCGGAGGUCAAACAGUACAACUGCCUACAGAUUCCAAGGCAACCGUGGAUGUUUCAGGACAAAGUGUUCAAGUGAGGCCGCUCCAAUUUCCACUUCAGCAUGUCCAGCAAACUGUACCUGUCCAAAUACCUGUUACCACGAAUAAUGGACAAACGAUUUAUCAGACGGUACAUUUUCCAAUUCAAGCUCUGUCUAAUGUUUUUAAUAUGGGUCCACAGAUGAUGCCUCAAAUAACGCAGCAGAUUCCACAGAUGGCACAAAUAAUAACGCCCAAUGGUCAAAUUCAACAAGUUCAAAUAGCAAAUUUGUCCCAGCUUCAAAAUCUCCAAGGUCAGCAGGUUGCCGCGCAAGUUGCUCAACAAGUAGCCCAGCAGCAAGCUCAGCAACAAGUCGUACAGCAAGUCACUGCCCAGCACCAAACCCAACAACAAGUUGUCCAACAACAGCAACAACAACAAGUAGCAGCAGCCCAAGCUCAAGCUCAAGCUCAGCAACAAGCACAGCACCAGCAAGUUCAACAAGUCGUUCAGCAAGUGAUGCAACAGCAGCAGCAACAACAACAAGCCCAACAGCAAGCGCAACAACAAGCUCAACAACAAGCCCAACAACAACAACAACAACAGCAGCAAGUUCAGAAUCAACAGGCUGCUGCUUCAACACCAACGUCUAGCACCAGUUGGUCAACGUCCGUGUCGACUCCUGGCAAUGUUCAAGUAGUAGGUAUUGGCCAACUUGGAAGACCAAAUUCCAAUGUGAUAACAACAAAAGACGGCCAAAAAAUAGAACUGUCUACUCUGACAAGACCUGCUGACGGCAUUGAAAAUGAAUUAAAAUUAACGAGCUUAGAUGCAAGUCAAUUGGCUGCUGGUCAAGUUAUUCAUAUACCUGCUGCACAAGCUGGACAGCAGACAAUUCAACCUAUUACAAUAACAGGCGCGCAAGGCCAGCAACUUACUCUCAUAUCAGCUUCUGCGUUAACGAAUUUAGCUUCUCCCCAGGGAGGAAUGAUGCGAAGCAUAAACGUUGGAAAUGGAGGAUUAAUGCAAAUCCAAUCUGCUGGCGGUGUUAAUACGCCCAAUGGAUUUCUUCAAUCGAUACCUUUACAAAAUAUCCCCGGGCUGAGCAAUGUCCAAGUGAUCCCAGCUAGUGCUUUACAGCCUGCUACUGUCCAAACACUGCCAACCGGUGCUGGAGGUACUCCAAUUGUUACUGGACAAACAGUUCAUCUGGACUCCAGUGAUCCUACAAAAUGGCAAAUACUUCAAACAAUACAAGCCAAUGGUACAAUAGCUCCAGCUACUCCAGCUCCACAACCGCAGCAGCAGCAACAAAAUACCACGACAAUAAAUACCACAGGGGAAGGUGAGCCUAAACAGCAUCGACGACGUGUUGCCUGUAAUUGUCCCAAUUGUAGUGACGGUGACAGGACACGUGAUAUAACGCAUAAGCGACAACAUAUUUGUCAUAUUGCGGGUUGUAAUAAAGUAUAUGGCAAGACGAGUCACUUGAGAGCUCAUCUGCGAUGGCAUACUGGAGAACGACCUUUUGUUUGUAGUUGGGUAUUCUGUGGGAAAAAAUUCACCAGAUCGGAUGAAUUGCAGAGGCAUAGAAGAACUCACACGGGUGAAAAAAGGUUCCAGUGUCCUGAAUGUACAAAGAAGUUUAUGCGUUCAGAUCAUUUAACGAAGCACAUAAAAACGCAUACUAAAAUACGAAGCACCGAAGCUGCUACAUCCACGCAAGAAGGCUCAUCAGAUAGUCAAUCUUCAAGCGAAGAUAAAAUUAUAAUUGCGCUUCACAAAGAGACUGACCAAGCGGAUAUUAUACUACCUGGAACUAUCGAGGGCUUGCAGAGUGAAACACCGACACAUGUAACGAAUGAAUGAGCGUAUUAAUUAUAAUUAUUGAUUAUUAUUUUUUUUUUUUUAUAUUGUUAUAUAAUAUGAUUUUAAGAUUAGUCAAAGAUGAAUAACAUUAAUAAUUGAUAAGAACAAUCAAUUUAUAUUUUAAAAAUUUGACUGGAUACACCAGCGGUCAAAGUAUUAGAUUUCUUUAGUUAUUUUUUAAGGAUAGUAAUUAUUUUGAAAUCAUUUUUUUGUGUAAAGUCUUUAGAUUGACGAU